AUAGUGGGAAAAAGGAGCGUGAUAUGUACAUACACAUCUAAAGCAAAUUCUGUGUAUAUCUGUAUCUGUUCCCCACAUCAACAAAAAGAAAGAAAGAAUCCAUCCAGCCAUUCCAAAACUCCUUUAAACUGCAAAACCCUAACCCUAACCCUGUCUAAUCUUCUCACCCCACACCAUUAUUGGAGGAAUCUCUGCUUUUGAGAUUCCUGCAAUUUGGAUUAGAAUUUCCUUUUCCUGGAUUUUCUGUAAAUGCAAUUCUCGUUUGAGGGAGAUUCACUUCCACGGCUACCCAGUAAGGUUUAAUAAGGAAAAAAAAGGAAAGGAUCGAGAGAUCUGGGAAAGCGCUAAUCUGGAACAUCAGCAGAUGCAAUUCUCUGUAACAGUGGCCCAAAUUCGAUGAACUUGCAGCAAAUUGGACAACGAUGGCAGCUGAGAAGAAAUGGCUCUUUACACUCUUCUCUGCCGCCUUCGUUUCCGUACUUCUCUUCCUCUCUGCAAUGUCCGGUUUCAGUGCAUCUUCGUCUUUCAACUCACAUAGGCCAUUCUCUUCUGCUGUUCGGUAUGGUGCUAAUUACCCUCCUGCUUUUGCUUAUUACAUCUCUGGAGGGAGAAGGCAUAAAGACCAGAUCUUCCGAUUAUUGCUUGCUGUUUAUCACCCUCGUAACCGCUAUCUUCUCCACCUUGAGCCUGAUGCUUCAAAUGAAGAACGGCAGAAGCUGGCGGAAGCGGUCCGUGCUAUUCCAGCUAUACGCGCUUUUGGGAACGUUGAUGUUAUAGGUAACCCGGAUCCUGUCACGUACAUGGGAUCGUCGAACAUUGCUGCCACGCUUCGUGCUGCUGCAAUUCUUUUGAGGGUUGAUAGCGGUUGGGAUUGGUUCAUCACUUUAAGUGCAAUGGAUUAUCCGCUUCUUACUCAGGAUGACUUGUCUCAUGUGUUCUCCACGGUGAGGAGGGAUCUCAAUUUCAUUGAUCACACCAGUGACCUUGGCUGGAAAGAGUACCAGAGGGUCCAACCAAUCGUAGUGGACCCAGGUAUUUACUUGGCUAGGAGGACUCAAAUCUUCAAAGCUACACAGAAGCGGCCAACACCUGAUGCUUUCAAAUUUUUUACAGGUUCUCCAUGGAUUAUUCUGAGCCGAGCCUUCCUAGAAUUCUGUGUUCUCGGUUGGGAUAAUCUUCCCCGAACUCUUCUUAUGUAUUUUACAAAUGUGAUUUUAUCCCAAGAAGGGUAUUUCCAUUCUGUAGUUUGCAAUUCACCAGAGUUCCAUAACACGACAGUGAACAGUGAUCUAAGAUACAUGAUCUGGGACAAUCCCCCCAGGAUGGAACCUCACUAUCUCAACGUUACAGAUUAUGAUUUAAUGGUGCAGAGUGGGGCUGCCUUCGCGAGACAGUUCCACAAAGAUGACCCAGUGCUGGACAUUGUUGAUGAUAAGAUCCUAAGGCGUGGAUCCAAUCGUGCUGCCGCAGGGGCAUGGUGCACUGGCAAGAGGCACUGGUGGAUGGAUCCAUGCUCAAGGUGGGGUGAUGUCAAUAUCGUGAAGCCCGGGCCACAAGUGGAGAGGUUCAGGGAGGUACUAACAGGCCUUAUUGAUGAUUGGAGCUCACAGUCGAGAUCAUGCAAGUGAUGCCAAACUAAGCAGAAAAUUGCUGCUGUGGAAACUCAUGCGAUGCAAACUGCCCCUGCACCCGGAAUCUCCUGAUGCAUUGACCAGUACAAGACUACCAUCGUCGGUUGAGGUAUAUUAGGAGAUUACAUGCAUUCCGAGUUUUGGGUGGUGGUGCUUCCAUUCCAUGGUACCUUUUACUUGUAAACAAGAGCCAAGCUAAGGUCUGGGGCCAUGGCUUUCUCAAAAUUUGAAAAUUUUUAUAUGUGGGCAAUAUAUAGGUUCCCAUUUACGGUUUAUCAGUAACAAUAAACUAUUGAUCCAUCUCCCCACCCCCCCUUCUCUUCUGUGGUAAACUAACUUACCAAUUAAUCAGAUUGGCCAGAACAUUAGCAAAUGAAUUGGCUUCUCUUUAACAGUGAUCAAAGCUGAGUUAGUCAAAUGGCAUGGCGGUAUCUGUGGCAUUCCAAUAUAAUGAUGGUAACUGGCAAUGUACCAAGUGGAAGCA